AGAGACAGAGUGUGUGUGUGAGAGAGAGAGAGCACCGAAGGAGGGAAAAAGGUCAGGACACAAGGGGCAUUUCGCACUGCGAGAAAUAAGGAUAAUAUCAGAAGGUUGCAGAAGUAACGGAAUUGGCAGAGAUAAAAACGUGUGAUAAAAUAAACGUCUGCCCCACAACUUCUUCACAAAGUCAAUUGAAAGGAGUACCUUGGUAAUUGAAUUGAGCGCAUUUUCUCAAGAAAAGUAUUUGGAUACUUAGGACACAGUUGGUUUUGCUGAAGCCGAGACAGUAGGCUGGAGGCUUCACUUUGGAUCGUGCGUAAUUUUCAUUGAGAGCCACCAUCAGGAUGCGCGUCUGCCUGCUCUUGGUCCUUCUCUGCCUCCUUUGCGCCGGGCACGCUCAGAAGUUCUCCGCUCUCACGUUUCUGCGUGUGGAGCAGGAUAAGGAGUGUAACAUGGAGUGUACUGGUGGUCCCAGGAAGCCCCUGUGCGCUUCGGACGGCAGAACCUUCUCAUCGCGCUGCGAGUUCCUCCGUGCCAAGUGCCGAGACCCCCAGCUGGAGGUCAUCCGAGGGCCAUGCAAAGAUACAUCCAGAUGUGUGGCAGAGAAGAAGUACACGGAACAGCAGGCCAAGAAGCUCUUCCCUCAGGUGUUUGUACCUGUCUGCAACCCAGACGGAACAUACAGCGAGGUGCAGUGUCAUAGUUACACAGGCUACUGUUGGUGUGUCACGCCCAAUGGCCGUCCUAUCAGUGGCUCAGCCGUGGCCAAUAAGAAGCCCCGAUGCCAAGGGUCAAAACAUGAGAGAGCUAGCACAAGAGAACCCGGAAAAGCAGUUUCCUUGCAAAUCUUUUCCAUUCUAAACACAGAUGAGUCAGCUGGCCUAGUGGGGGAGCCGAAUUCCCCGACAGAUGAGGAAGACAUCAUUUCUCAGUACCCCACCCUCUGGACAGAGCAGGUCCGCAGCCGGCAGAACAACAGGACCAGAACACAAUCCUCAUCAUGUGACCAGGAGCAGCAGUCGGCCCAGGAGGAAGCACGGCAGCACAAGAACGAGGCGGUGUUCGUGCCCGACUGUGCCCAAGGGGGCCUCUACAAACCUGUCCAGUGUCACCCGUCCACCGGGUACUGCUGGUGCGUGCUGGUGGACACAGGGCGGCCCAUUCCUGGCACCUCCACCAGUGUACGUCCUGAAGCUUCCAAGUGUACAGAUGCAACUACAUACCAACGUACAUGCAGAUAUGAACAACCAAAGUGUGAUGGCAACGCCAGAGCCCAUCCCACCAAACCGAAGGACCAUUACAGAAGCAGACAUCUUCAAGGGUGUCCCGGGGCAAAGAAAACUGAAUUUCUAACGAGUGUUCUCGACGCGCUGUCAACAGAUAUGGUGCAUGCUGUCACAGAUCCAGCGUCUGCCGGCAGGAUGUUGGAGCCAGACCCAAGUCACACACUAGAGGAGAGAGUGGUCCACUGGUACUUCAGUCAGCUAGAUAAAAACUCCAGCGGUGACAUCGGCAAGAAGGAGAUCAAACCUUUCAAACGUUUCCUGCGCAAGAAGUCCAAGCCCAAGAAGUGUGUGAAGAAGUUUGUGGAGUACUGUGACAUCAGCAAUGACAAGGCUCUUUCCCUGCAGGAGCUGAUGGGAUGCCUGGGCGUCACCAAGGAAGAAGGGACCAAACCAGGUGAAGGUACAUCCUCCAGUAAACUGAAUCCCUCAAAGAAGCAAGGCUAAGCCAACAACCGAGAUUUCCCCUCCCCUUUUGGAGCUUCUGCCAAUCGGCAAUGGAAACCAUAGUAUUUGCACUUUGUACUUUAAGAAAUGUAAAUUCCCUUUGUAGAAAUUAGGUAUUUAAACAGACUGCUGAAUCUGUGAAUGAUGUAGUUUUUUUAAUGUCUUUACAAAAAAAAAAUAUUUAACACAUACAGUGUAUGUGUCUUUUGUGUCUAAAGAAAGUAUACUUUUCGGAGUUGUACAAGUUUUGUGAUGUUGCAUUUUGUGUCCGCUUUGAAUUGUUAUGUUUUACUGUUGUUGAUGUUAACGCAGAUGUAUGUAUAGUUUGUUAUAUGGCUAAAACAUUAACUUAGGCCCCUCUGCAUUUUUUAUGUACUUACUGACCUAGCAGCCCUUCCUGAGCUCUGUACAGCAGUUUGUAUUAUUAAACAUGGAUCAUCACACAAUUAAUUUUGUUCAAAAUGUAUACAUGUUUAUUAGAAAUAAAGAACUCUUUUAUGACCCA